UACGUCCAUUAUGUAUAUACAGUCUAUGAUAUAGGCAUUUGUGUGCGUUUCAGCCCAGUGUGACGCGUUUUCGGCCACUAGGGGGCAGACGAACUCCACAUUAAGCUAGCUAAGUUUUACCACCAUGUCAGACUGUCUCUCCUAGCUUUUUUUUUUUUUUUUUUAGCAAACAUGUUAGCUAAACUAGUUUCUGGAAACCAAGAAAGUAUACUGAAGGCCAUUGGUGUAUUGAUGGUGUCCCCUGGGUUGUGAGUUCUGUACCUGAGGCUCUGUUCUCCAUCUGUCAGUGUGUUCUGAGGCUCUGCAGCAUCACAGACUGGGUACACCAUGUGCCUCCAGAAAUGGUGCAGAUGCGGAUGGUGAAACCUGUAUCAGUGACUCGGGUUGCUGGCAGAAACCUGACCCAGAAUCUGCCCAAGAUGCCAGUUCCCCCUCUGCAGCGGGCCUGUGAGGUCUACCUCAGUUGCCUGGAGACAAUCGUGGAGGAGGACGAGCUGAAGCGAUCUAAAGAGCUGGUGGAAGAGUUUCAGAAAGCAGGAGGGGUCGGAGAGAGACUGCAGAGAGGCCUGGAGGAGUUUGCAGAGAACACUGAGAACUGGUUUACAGAGCAAUGGGAAGAGCAUUUAUUUCUCGCCGACCGGCACCCACAGAUACUUCAUGCAGGCUGCGGAAUAGUCUUUCCACGAAUGCACUUCAUCAAUAAAGAGGAACAGAUAAGGCAUGCUGCAGAAUUGAUCUCGGUUGCAUUGGAAUUGAAGACCUUGAUUGACAAUGAUAAGCUACCAGUAGAACACAUGAAAGGGAGACCGAUGUGUAUGGAUCAGUUCAAGAGGCUGUGGUCCUCCUGCCGCGUCCCUGCGCCAAUGAUGGACACAUUGGAGGUCUACAGCAAGAACCCAGAUCCCCCCAAACACAUUACUGUUGCACACAACUGUCAGUUUUUCAUGCUGGACGUGUACAACAGUGAUGGCACUCCGCUGACAGCUGAUCAGCUCUAUGUUCAGCUGCAGAAGAUCUGCAUCUCCUCACCGCAGACCAACACAGAACCUGUCGGCAUCCUCACCACUGAGAACCGAGACCUCUGGAGCAAAACCUAUAGCAACCUCAUGCAGGAUGAGACCAACAAAGAGUCACUGCAGGCCAUCAAGAGCAGCUUGUUUACAGUGUGUUUGGACCAAGCGACGCCUGAAGUGUCUGAGGACAUGUAUCACUCCAGUGCUGUUCUGCAUGGCAUACAUGGAGGAGGAAGUCAGCUCAACAGUGGAAACCGCUGGUUUGACAAGAGCAUGCAGUUGUAUGUUGGAGCAAAGGGGACAUGUGGCAUGACCUUUCCAUUUGCUGCUGUUGAUGGUAUGGUCGUAGUAGCCACGGGUGACUUCAUUGCAGAAUACCUGAAGAGGGAAAAGCCCGAUGUGGUGCAGUCUCCCAUGGAGCCUUUGCCUGAGCCCCAGAAACUACAGUUCAACCUCACACCUGAGAUCAAGGAGGACAUUGAAGAGGCCAAACAGCACUUAGACACGCUGACGCAAGAGGUGUUUUUUAAGUCAACAGUAUUCAAGCACUACGGGAAAGAUGCUCUACAUGCCUUGAAAGUGGACCACACUUCAUAUAUUCAGAUGGCCUUCCAGCUGGCCUACUACAGGACAUACCAGCGAGUCUGUGUAACGGUGCAACCUGCUUCCCUGCGUUACUACCAUCGGGGCAGAUUAAAUGUAGUCCCCUGCAACACUGCUGCCUCAACUGCCUUCACCAAGGCCUUUGAUGACCCCAAUAAACAGAUCUCGGAGAAGAUGGAUUUGUUGGAGAAAGCUAUUCAGACAAACAGAACAAACAUUCACAUGGCAGUCAACAGCCAAUACCUAUUUGGACAUAUGCCUAUUCUGAUGUUUAGAGCUUUGAAGGAAGAAGCCCCACUUUGUGAUGUUUUCACGGAUCCCAACUUCAUGAAGACCUACAACAUUCAACUGGUACCAAGCAAUAUUUCAUCCAGAACAGAUGGAUUUUUGCAAUUCCAUGCUCCCUCAGAACCUGGAGUAUUUGAGAUUCUCUAUGACAUUCAGAAGGACCACUUGAAAAUGACAGUGACAAAUUACAAAGAGGACAAUACAGAUGUGAUGAUCCAAGCCACAGAGGAUGCACUGUUGGACAUGAUGACCCUGCUGGAACAAAGUUCAGGAGCCAAAGAGACAGCUAAUCCAGACACAGAACAAUAAAUCAAUAAUGUAUUUCCCUUCUUUCCUUGAAGAUUGAUACCAUUUUGGGUCAGGUUAAUGUGGUUCAACUUCACUGAUAUUUGAGUGGUGAUUCAAGUUCUUCAAAUAAAGGAUUUUGAACGUC